CUCGUCCGCGACGUCUCGAACGCGGACCGAACGACGCUGCGGACCGUCGCGGCCGUCGCCGCGCUCGCCCUCUUUCUCCUCGCGUCGCGCACAUCCUACACGAUCGCGCUCGUCCUCGCGACGUGCUUCGCGUCGCUCGCGUUCGCGGCGUUCCUCGCGCGCUGGGUGCUGUCCAAAGACGAGGGCACGCCGGACAUGCGCGAGAUCUCGGACGCGAUCCGCGAGGGCGCGGACGGCUUCUUCGCGGUGCAGUACGCGCUCAUCGCCAAGCUCGCCGUCGCGCUCGCGUUGGUCAUCUAUCUGACCUACAGCGCGAGGGCGCUGACGAAGGAACAGACGGAAGCCGGGUUCACGCGGCAGACGUUCGCGGUGCUGACCACGAUCGCCUUCCUCCUCGGCGCCGCGUGCAGCGCCGCGAGCGGAUACGUCGGAAUGUGGGUCAGCGUGAGAGCCAACGUCCGCGUCGCCGGCGCCGCGCGACGCGGCGCGAGAGAGGCGCUGCAAGUCGCGCUCAGAGCCGGAGGAUUCGCGGCGAUCGUCGUCGUCGCGUCCACGGUGCUCGGCGUGUCGUUUCUGUUCACCAUCUUCGCGUACGUCUACGACGUGGGAAGACCAAACGGCGCGUCGAUGCACGACAUGCCGUUGAUGCUCGUGGGGUACGGCUUCGGCGCGUCGUUCGUCGCGCUCUUCGCGCAGCUGGGCGGCGGCAUCUACACGAAAGCCGCGGACGUCGGCGCGGACCUGGUCGGCAAGGUCGAGGCUGGGAUCCCAGAGGACGACCCGAGGAACCCCGCGGUGAUCGCGGACCUCGUCGGGGAUAACGUCGGCGACUGCAGCGCGCGCGGCGCCGACCUCUUCGAGUCAAUCGCCGCGGAGGUGAUCAGGCGCGUUCUAUACACUGGUCCCCGUACGACCGCCGCCAUGAUCCUCGGCGGCGCGCUCGCGAAGAAGGCCAACAUCCCGGACGCGACGGGCUUCAUCCUCUUCCCUCUCGUCGUCCACGCGCUCGACUGCGUCGUCUCCGCCGCGGGGAUCAUGUCCGUCGGGUCCUCCAGCUCCGGGGGCGGCGCGAGCCAGCACCCGUACGAGGUGCUAAAAGGCGGCUACCGCGUCGCGUUGGCGCUCUCCGUGGUUGGAUUUUUGAUCGCCACGCGCGCGAUGUUGUACGUCGAGAGCGCGCCGGGGGCGUGGUUUUCGUUCUUCGUCUGCGGCAUGAUCGGCACCGCGUGCGCGUACGCGUUCGUGUUCAUCGCGCAGUACUACACGGACUACGCGUACCCGCCCGUGCGCGUCAUCGCGGAGGCGAGCACGACGGGACACGGCACGAACAUCAUCGCCGGCGUCGGCGUCGGGCUGGAGUCCACCGCGGCGCCGGUGCUGGUCAUCUCCGUCGCCAUCGUGAGCGCGUACUGGGUCGGGCAGUCCGCCGGGUUGGUCGACGCGCAGACCUCCGCGCCGACUGGGGGUCUGUUCGGCACGGCGGUGGCGACGAUGGGGAUGCUGUCGACUGCGGCGUACGUGCUGACCAUGGACGUCUUCGGGCCGAUCGCGGACAACGCGGGGGGGAUCGUGGAGAUGUCCGAUCAACCGGAGAGCGUCCGCGACAUCACGGAUCAGCUCGACAGCGUCGGGAACACGACCAAGGCGACGACGAAAGGGUACGCCAUCGGCAGCGCCGCGUUGGCGUCGUUUUUACUCUUCUCCGCGUACAUGGACGAAGUCCAGGCGUUCACGGGCGUGCCGUUCCAGGUCGUGGACAUCGCUAUUCCGGAGGUGUUCGUCGCCGGGUUAGUCGGGUCGAUGACCGUGUAUCUCUUCACCGCGUACGCGUGCACCGCCGUCGGAAGAAGCGCGCAGGAAGUCGUCACCGAGGUCCGAAGACAGUUCGCCGAAAACCCGGGCAUCAUGACGCGCGAGGUCAAGCCCGACUACUCGCGAUGCGUCUCCAUCGUCGCCGCGAGCGCGCUCAGAGAGAUGAUCAAGCCCGGCGUGCUCGCGGUGUCCGCGCCCGUGCUCGUCGGCGUCGUCUUCCGAUGCGUCGGCGCGGCGACUUCUCAGGAGCUCCUCGGCGCCAAGGCGGUGGCCGGGAUGUUGAUGUUCGCGACGGUGAGCGGGAUUCUGAUGGCGCUCUUCUUGAACACCGCGGGCGGGGCGUGGGAUAACGCGAAGAAGUACAUCGAGACGGGCGCGCACGGCGGCAAGGGGAGCGACGCGCACAAGGCGGCGGUGACGGGGGACACGGUGGGGGAUCCGUUCAAGGACACCGCGGGGCCGAGCAUUCACGUGUUGAUCAAGAUGCUCGCGACCAUCACGCUCGUCAUGGCGCCGAUGUUUUUGGACUGAUGAGA